AGGUUUGACGCUCGUUUCCCUGAGAAAGUCUCCUAUGAAAUUUCCCAGUUUUUCCAAUGCCGAUCUUCUCUUGUUGCACCAAGUACGCGAUUUUCUGUUCCUCUCCAGGCGUUGUUGAUAGAGAAUGAAGGAGUUGUGGCUUUAUCAAGUGUUUCCAUAAGUUUGCUUUCGACCUCGAUGCCUUUGGUGAUUGAUGAUGAAUUCUCUCACUGAUCAAUCAGGCAGCUCUCAUGGAGAUUCAACUCCCCGUAGUCCCUUCUCUCCAUCAUCUUCACAUGAAAGGCAGAAAGCUCUCGCGGACUCCAAAUUUCAGCGUCCCCGGUCCAAUUCUCCCGCAUCCCCUGUAUCAAUGCUCCAUGGUGGGCACAAGUUCCACGAGGCCUUCCAAAUGAAGCAGGGGCGUUUUGAUCUCCAAGCCGCAAAGAUUUCUGAAAUGAUGAAAUCAAAUAAUUUAGAUAAUGCUCCCACACAGUCACUCUUAAGUAUGGUGAAUGGAAUUCUUGAUGACAGUAUUGAGAGAAAGAAUGGUGAAAUCCCUCAGCGUGUAGCAUGUUUGCUGAGAAAAGUCGUGCUGGAAAUCGAGCGACGUAUUUCAACUCAAUCUGAGCAUCUAAGAACGCAAAACAACGUGUUUAAAGCUCGUGAGGAGAAGUACCAGUCAAGGAUCAAAGUUCUUGAAACCUUAGCUUCAGGAACUAGUGAAGAAAAUGAGAUUGCUACGAAACAACUUCGACAGAUAAAGACAGAAAAGUCCAAGUUGGAAGAAAAGAAGAAAAACAAAGAGGAGGAUAUGGUUAGGCUAGAGAAAGAAAAUGGUCAAUAUAAUCUUGAAAUUUCUACUUUAAGACGAGAAUUGGAGACAACCAAGAAAGCAUAUGAACAACAGUGCUUGCAAAUGGAAAGCCAGACAAAGGUCGCUACAGCAGGUAUCGAGGACAGGGUGAAGGAGCUUGAACAAAUGAGAAAAGAUGCAAGCGCUGCAAAAAUUUCCCUUGAGGAAAGGGUUAAGGAGCUUGAGAAGAUGGGAAAAGAAGCAAAUGCUGCUAAAACAACUCUUGAAGAAAAGGUGAAGGAGCUUCAGCAAUUCAAACAAGAGACAGUAUCUGUUAAUACAAGCCUUGAAGCAAAAAAUCGAGAGCUUGAAAAGAUGGGAAUAGAAGCAAAUGCUGUUAGAACGACUCUUGAGGAAAAGGUGAAGGAGCUUCAACAAUUUAAGAUAGAGACGAUAACUGUUAAUACAAGCCUUGAAGAAAAAAAUCGAGAGCUUGAAAAGAUGGGAAAAGAAGCAAAUGCUGCUAGAAUGACUCUUGAGGAAAAGGUGAAGGAGCUUCAACAAUUUAAGAUAGAGACGAUAACUGUUAAUACAAGACUUGAAGCAAAAAAUCGAGAGCUUGAACAAAAUCUGGUCCUUUGGAAGAGUAAAGCCAAAGAAAUGGAAGAAAAAUCAGAUUUGAAGAAUCGGAGUUGGAGUCAGAAAGAACUUUCGUAUAGAAGGUUCAUCAGUUUCCAGUUCAAGGCAUUACAAGAGUUGAGAUUCUAUUCUAAGUCCAUCAAACAAGAAAUACUAAAAGUUCAAGAUAAUUAUACAGAAGAGUUUAGUCAGCUAGGAAAGAACUUGCUUGAACUUGGAGAUGCUGCCGAAAACUAUCACGCUGUCCUUACUGAAAACCAAAAGCUCUUCAAUGAACUUCAGGAGCUAAAAGGAAACAUUCGAGUGUAUUGUCGGGUGAGGCCUUUCUUGCGUGGGCAAGGUACAUCAAACACUGUGGUAGAACACAUUGGUGAGCAUGGGGAGUUGGUAGUUGUCAAUCCCACAAAACCUGGGAAAGAUGGCCUUCGCAAAUUUAGGUUCAAUAAGGUCUACAGUCCAGCCUCUACUCAAGCUGAGGUAUUUUCGGAUAUAAAACCCCUUGUUCGAUCGGUUCUUGAUGGGUACAAUGUUUGUAUCUUUGCGUAUGGUCAGACAGGAUCAGGGAAAACUUACACAAUGACUGGUCCAGAUGGAGCAAGUGAAGAAGAGUGGGGAGUAAACUAUCGUGCUCUCAAUGACCUCUUCAAAAUAUCUCAAUCUAGAAAAAGCAACAUCACGUAUGAAGUCGGGGUGCAGAUGGUGGAGAUAUACAAUGAACAAGUGCGAGAUUUACUCUCUGCUGACACUUCUCAAAAGAAACUAGGGAUUCUUUCUACAACUCAGCAAAGCGGUCUUUCUGUACCUGAUGCAAGCAUGUAUCCGGUGACAUCAACCUCGGAUGUUCUUAAACUAAUGAGCAUUGGGCUACAAAACCGAUCUGUUGGCUCAACUGCCUUGAAUGAAAGAAGUAGCCGCUCCCACAGUAUUGUCACUGUUCAUGUUCGUGGCAAGGACUUGAAGACCGGUUCUGCGCUGUAUGGAAAUCUGCAUCUGGUAGAUCUGGCGGGUAGCGAAAGAGUUGAUCGCUCUGAAGUUACAGGAGACAGACUUAGAGAAGCACAACAUAUAAACAAGUCACUCUCAGCUCUUGGAGAUGUUAUAUUCUCUCUCGCUUCAAAGAGUUCUCAUGUACCAUAUAGAAACAGCAAACUAACUCAGCUUCUCCAAAGCUCUUUAGGUAGGCGAGCAAAGACACUGAUGUUUGUGCAACUGAAUCCUGAUAUUACUUCAUAUUCAGAGUCAAUGAGUACAUUGAAAUUCGCAGAGCGUGUCUCAGGAGUUGAGUUAGGUGCUGCAAAGAGUAGUAAAGAUGGUAGAGAUGUUAGAGACUUAAUGGAGCAGUUAGGGUCGCUUAAGGACACAAUAGCGAAAAAAGACGAUGAGAUAGAGCGGCUUCAUUUGCUUAAGGACAUUAAUUACCCACAUAGACUGCAGAAAAAGAGCUUAGGACAAUCCGAUGAGUCAAAUUCAGAAACUAGAGAAUCGCAGUUGUCUAUAGAAGAAGACACAAGAUUCCAACAAGACUAUUUCAGACAAUCAAGAUACUCUGUCACGGACGGCGAGACCUUAUCUUCCUCCAAUGAUGCAGAGUACGAUGAGAGGCUCGAUGAUGAAACAGAAGGAUCCAUUGAUGUUGGUCGUGUAGCAGAAGGGAGAAAACCAUUGAAAAUUUCAGAAAAAACUAAACCGGUGACUCCAAGGGCAACUACGACUGCAAUACGACCUCUUGAUAAACUCAAGCAAGUCGCUACGAGGACGACGACCAUUGCAAAGGCCACGUCAGGGUUGACGUCACCAAGCAUGAAGAAGACGGGAAGUGCUUCUAAUCUACUCAAGUCAUCGAAACGGUGGUCGUAAAAUACUCUUUUACCCCUAGCCGACUUGAUUUGUUUUUAAUAAUUUUAGACGCUCUCCCUCCCUCUUGCUGAAUCCAUUGGCUUCAGUUGGAACUUAAUUUUGUAGUUUGAUUUGGUCUGAAUACAAAUUUUGUAAAUAUACGAAUCUCAUUAAUUAUU